AAAAGGUUGGCAACAGUGCUCAAAAACAUCAUUUCGUGAUUUAGCAGCUCGUUUAUUGUUUCAUUUUAAAAAUGGCAGACGUAGAAAAGGAGCCCGAGAAGACCAUUGCUGAGGAUUUGGUUGUUACCAAAUACAAAUUGGCUGGCGAAAUUGUAAACAAAACACUGAAAACGCUGAUUGGACUCUGCGUUGUGGAUGCCUCCGUGCGGGAAAUUUGCACCAAGAGCGACAAUCUGCUGACUGAAGAAACCGGCAAAGUAUACAAAAAGGAAAAGGAUCUGAAGAAGGGUAUCGCAUUUCCGACAUGUCUGUCGGUCAACAAUUGUGUCUGUCACUUUUCGCCAGCUAAAAAUGAUGCGGAUUACACGCUCAAAGCCGGCGAUGUGGUUAAAAUUGAUUUGGGCGCGCACAUUGAUGGUUUCAUUGCUGUCGCCGCGCACACAAUUGUUGUGGAUGCCACUGCGGGUCAGAAGAUAAGCGGACGACAGGCUGACGUCAUACUCGCCGCUUAUUGGGCCGCCCAGGCGGCGUUGCGUCUCCUGAAGUCCGGUUCCAGCAAUUAUUCAAUCACCGAUGCCGUGCAACAAAUCAGCGAGUCGUACAAGUGCAAACCCAUUGAGGGUAUGUUGAGUCACGAGCUGAAGCAAUUCAAGAUCGAUGGCGAGAAGACGAUCAUACAGAAUCCGAGCGAGGCACAGCGCAAGGAGCACGAGAAGUGCAACUUCGAGACUCACGAGGUGUAUGCCAUCGAUGUCAUUGUCAGCAGUGGCGAGGGAGUGGGACGGGAGAAGGACACAAAGGUAUCAAUUUACAAGAAAUCGGAGGAGAACUAUAUGCUUAAACUGAAGGCAUCGCGUGCUCUGCUCGCUGAGGUGAAAACCAAGUACGGCAACAUGCCCUUCAACAUCCGCAGCUUCGAGGAGGAAACUAAAGCGCGCAUGGGCGUCGUCGAGUGCGUCUCCCACAAGAUGAUUGAGCCCUUCCAAGUGCUCUACGAGAAGCCCUCUGAGAUUGUGGCGCAGUUCAAGCACACGGUUCUCCUCAUGCCCAACGGCGUCAAUCUGGUUACGGGCAUUCCCUUCGAGCUGGACAACUAUGUGAGCGAGCACAGCAUUGCGCAAGCCGAGCUCAAGGAACUGGUUGCGCAGCCAUUGGGACCCGUCAAAGGUAAGGGCAAGGGCAAGAAGGCGGCUGGCGGCAACGCCUCUGCUGCUGCUGCUGCUGCGGCGACAAAAGUGGAAUCGGCGCCGGCCGUUGAGACUAAGGCAUAGAACAACAGCCAUGGGAAUCCCCACAAAAAAAAAACAACAAAAUAAAUCAAACCACGCCCCCUUAAAGCAACAACAAUGUGAACAAUAGCGCUGCCUACUGCUGCCGCCUCCAUAAACUUUUUACUAUAUAUAAAAAUUCGUUGAAUAGUAAAAAAAAAAGAAGAUAAACAA